AUGGCUACGCUACAUCGAUCCGCCUUUCUAGAAGCCAUUCAACAGCACGAUCCUCAGAGUACCGCUGUAGUGCAUUGUCUAUCCGGUCGAUCGUUCAAGUACGGAUCAUUGCUGCAGGAUGUCGCUGCUGCGAAAGAGAAGUUGUUGAAGGCGAGUGGGAAGCAAGAUGGAGGCAUUGAUGGAGAACGAGUUGCGUUCUUGGUGGAGAAUGGAUACGACUACAUUGUCACGCUCCUCUCAAUCAUGGCGUCCAAUGCCAUUGCUGUCCCUCUUGCGCCGUCAUUCCCAGCUUCGGAACUACGAUACCAGAUCAACCACAGCGAGGCAUUGGCUCUGCUACAUACAUCCAAGUUCGAGAAGAUCGCCAAAGAUGUCCUCCAAGAAGGCCUUGACAAGAAUCCAAUCAGCCUUGCCAUCGAGAAGCACACAAAAGACAAUACCUCAACAGAGCAGAUCACCCUUUCCGACUCAAACACUACCUCGCACGCCGGCAUGAUGCUCUAUACCUCCGGCACCACUGCCCGGCCGAAAGGCGUCCUCCUACCUCAAUCCGUCCUGACCGCACAAGCUCGCAGCCUCAUCAAAGCCUGGGACUACACACCCGCCGACCACCUCCUUCACGUCCUUCCCCUCCACCACAUCCACGGCACAGUAAACGCCAUCCUUACCCCUAUCCUAGCAGGCAGCACAAUCGAAUUCCUCUACCCCUUCAACGUCGACGCCGUCUGGAAGCGCUUCGCCGCACCCUUCCUCCCCACCUCCCACGACCAACACAAAGACCUCUCCCCGAUAACAUUCUUCACCGUCGUCCCCACCGUCUGGUCACGCAUGCUCUCCUCCCACCCCGACCUCCCUUCAGACCUCCAAUCCGCCGCCAACGAAGCCAUCCAACGCAAACACCUCCGUCUCAACAUCUCCGGUUCCGCCGCCCUCCCUACCCCUACGAAAUCCGCGUGGACAAAACUCUCCCAAGGCAACGUCCUCCUCGAACGCUUCGGAAUGACAGAAGUCGGCAUGGCACUGUCCUGCGGGCUGGACGACGCAGAUCGUGUAGACGGGAGUGUAGGUUGGCCUCUCCCCUCAGUGGAAGCACGACUCGUAGAUCCCGAUACGAAGAAAGUGAUCGAACAUGGCGAGGAGCAAGACAGCGAAGGCAAAGACCGCAGCGGGGAGAUCCACCUCCGCGGCCCGACGAUUUUCAAAGAAUACUGGCGCAACCCGGAAGCUACAGCGAAGGAAUUUACAGAAGACGGGUGGUUCAAAACGGGAGACAUCGCUGUGCGGAAGAACUUGAAGGGCGAGGCAGGUGCGGGAAAGAGUGGAGACUGGGCCAAGGGACCGGCGUAUUUCAUCCAAGGCCGAAACUCAGCAGACAUCAUCAAAACCGGCGGAGAAAAAGUCUCCGCGCUUGAAAUCGAGCGUGAAUUACUAAGUCUACCACAAGUCUCCGAGUGCGCAGUCGUCGGCCUACCAAGCGUAGCAUGGGGUCAAAAAGCCGCCGCCAUCGUCGUUCUCAGCAAAGAAGGCCAGACGGCAGGCAAGGGAGGAAAAGCAUGGUCGGCGUUGGAUAUGCGACGCGCAUUGCAAGGGCGCUUGGUGGCGUAUAAGAUCCCGCAGGAUAUGAAGGUUGUGGACACAUUGCCGAGGAAUGCGAUGGGGAAGAUUAAUAAGAAGAAUUUGGUGACGGAGGUGUUUGGCGAUCAGGAGAAGAUUCGGAGGAGGAGUAUUGAGACGGCGGAGGAGAGGAAGAGGGUUAAGGAGGCGGAGAAGGAGGGGCAGACGAAUGGGCAGAAGUGA